AAUUCAUGGCUUCUGGCAGGCAGGCAGGCAGGCAGCACACGUGUAUGGCGUUUGGAAUUGGAGAAUGCCAUGUAAUCCUUGUGCUGAAAAGAGAACCGGAUUCAGAGUAGUAUCUGUGUUUAUGCAAGUCCUAAUUCGACUAGGACACAGCAGUCACCAAUCUCCUUCUUCUCUGUACAUCAACCAGCAAUGGAAGAAGGAACUCACAUGGGGUCGACGCCGCGGCUCGGAGAAGAAGACGACUUGGCAUACCACGACAACGUCGAGGAGGCUUCAAUCUGGCCGGCCUCGCUGCACCCGCCGCCGCUCCCCGCCGCCGCUCCUCCCUGGAUCCUCCUCGAACUCCCCGCCUACCUCACAACCCUCGGCGGCGCCGCCGCCACCACCGCCAGAUCCAGGACCAGGGGAGGCCACGCCAUCGAGGCCACCCUUUUCCCCGCCGCCCCGCCGCUCCUCUACCACAUCCGCGUCCACUGCCCCGACCUCAGCCCCACGCGCUUCGCCGCCGAGCCCAGGGUCUACGCCGCCGCCGACGGGCUCAUCCUCUUCGCCGUCGCCAUCGGCCACCGCUUCCUCAGCAGCAACCUCCGGAUGCUCGACUACUUCCUCUACGACCUAGCGCGCCCCUCCCUCGAGCUCCUCCCGCACCCUCCUGAGCCGCCCGGGCUUCGCCCGCACCCUUUUAGCCAAGCCGGCUUCUUCGGCGACAAGCUGGUCGCCCUCCUCCGCUUGUGCCACAACGAUGAAGAACAACUUAUCAUGCGUCCUCACGGCCCCGUUCGCAGUGACUACAUCAUUGCCAUCCUCGUGGGCCAAGAAGGCAGGGCCUUCGACCUCCACCGCUACAGAUCCGAUGCCGGGGCCUGGACAAGAACCAGGCUGCAGCUCGCCGCCAGCGUCAACACUCCCCUGGGCGGCACCUUCUUCUCGCAUUACACCGACAAGGUGAUAACUCUUACUGGCGGUUUCGUGGGCUGGGCAGACCUCAGGCGCGGAGCCAUCCUUUUCUUGGACGUGCUGCUCGAUGACCCACAACCCCACUAUGUGCCCUUGCCGCCGCAGCCCAUGACGGGCAACUGCGACGCCCUCGUGGCACAGGACAUUGCCGUCGUCGACAAAGGUUACAUCAAGUUCAUCGACCACCGGUACAACGACGAUGCCUCUGAUCAUGGCUGGACGGCCACCACAUGGACCAAGAAGAUCGCUGCCGAUCCGUGGAAGGAAGAAGAAGGUUGGUGAAUGGUCUGCGAGCUCCGUGCUUCUGACGUACUAGUCCCCAACUCUAUGCUGCCGCUGCUGCCGAAGCCCUUGCAAAGGCUUAGAACGGGACAUCCUGCAAUCAACUUGCAACACGACAAUGUCGUCUACUUCAUGUGCAAAGACAGACUCCGAGAUGACGAUGCCUGGAUGGUCGCCAUUGACAUGGCCAAGAAGAAGUUGCAAGGAGUCGUUCCGUUUUGUGCCGGGAGAACGAUUGCCAUCGAUCGCUCCUAUGUUCAACUCAGGCUCCCUGGUGAUCAUCCCAAAACCGCCCCAGGUAGAAUGAAACGACCUGGGGUGUUCUCUGCCGGAUCCUCCAGCAAGAAGUUGAGUGUGUCCCCUUUCCAAGAUAUGUAUACAAGUUAGGGACAACAACGACAUGGACUUGCAACAAGCACCCAAGUCGUGGACCUUUUGGUAAUCGGAGGGCCUAUGCUCAUGUCUCGCUGUUUCAUCUCCUACUAUUGCUGUUUCAUCUCCGACUAGUUCAGACAGAGCUUCUGCCUGCGCAAUAGAGCAGCAUAGAUCCGUUGUGUAAGGUUAUUUGGCAAGGCUAAUAAAUUAAAGCAGCAUAGAUCCGUUGUGUAAGGUUAUUACAGUAUUCUCUAUGUGGUUCAUUCAGUGUCCAGGACUCGUGAGAAAUAGAAGAAGGAAAAAACUUUGUUCAUCAUCAGAAGUUGUUUAAGGUUAUUGUUGUGACA